CACGAGGCACCUCCUCUCAGUUACCUUUAAACAACACCGAGCUGGAGUCUGGGAAUCCUGCACGUGUCUUUGUCUCUCCCAAGAAGAGUAAAGCACCACUUGGUAAAAACCUUCCUUGGCUCAGAAGCCAGUUGUACAGAGGGAUUGUCUGUGUGUUCUCACUGCAGUAAUUUUACAGCUACGAAGCACAGUUCUCUGAAGGUAAAUCUAAAGGAGUUUUGCUCCAUGCUCGUACUGACUGCUUUCCCUUCUCCACCUCAGAAAUCCUGGGAAUCGUAUUCCCUGUCACACAGGCACUGUUUGACUGGAGCUACUGCAAUCCCUGGCUCAUCUGCCUUCCCUGCCAGAUGCCCUCAGAACAUGUCUGAUUGGGCCAGCCUGUGGUAUGUCUGGCUGCUCCUGCUGACGCUGUUCCUGCUCCUGCUCUGCGGGCUCUCUGCGAGCUGUGUCAGGUUCUGCUGCCGCAGGAAGAGGCUCCCUGUGGAGACGUUCCCUCGGCACCCCUGUGACCUGGCAGGGAUCGGCAUCGACAGCGACAGCACCGCCCACAGCACCGUCACCUCCUACAGCUCAUGGCAGUACCCUCCAAGCGUGCAGAUCCCUGCAGUGUUUGUGGAUAUGGAUAAGAACACCCUGUCCCCCCCAGCUUACAGUGUCUAUGCACUGGACUUGCCACCUUCCUACGACGAGGCCGUGCAGAUGGGGAAGCCAGGGGCUGAAGGGGCACGGAAACUCAGUGACAUCCCUGAGCAGGGGACACCAGCGGGGCUGAGCCCCAGCCAGGACCCACCUGAGACAGCCACCAGGGAUCCAGCAGCACAGCCAACUGCAGAGACCUCCCAAGGUGCCACAAAAGAACAGCCCCAGAUCUGACUCGUUUCAGAUGGGGAGUACGGGCAGGGAAGGACUGUAGGAAUUAAAGAGGACGUGAAGGGUUGGGGUUUAUAAGUAGGUUACGGUGGAAAGAUGUUCCCUCUCGUGCCCUUGCAAUGAUCUGCCAGAAGAAAUGCUUUCUGUGACUUCUGUAAUCCCCUGGUAAGGCUUCUUCAAGGAUAUGAAAUGAGGUAAAAGGGCAGCAGUUUAAAAAUGCCUGUGGAAGUGGGACGUGAAUGCUCGUUCAUCUUCUGAU